UUUUAUUUCUCCUAUCCUGUGGGAAUUCCUCAAGGAAAAAUCUGUGGCGGCGUGAGUUUCACAAGUUUUGACAAUGGCGGCAGUGUUGGAAGCGCCGUUGGCAACACCGUUCUUUUCUUCUAAACCUCACAACACUAACAAUAUCCCUUCCAAGUUUCACACCAAACCCUCCUUUCUCACCUUUCGCGUUACUUCUCGUGCCGCAAAUGCUUCUCUUUCUCCCACUCAGGACCCGGACCCGAACCCCGACUCCGAACCCGACCCGACCCGGGACCGCCGGAGAAUCGUCCGAGUCGCCUGGGAGAAACUCGUCCGGUGGUCCAGGUCCUGGCGCUCCAAGGCCAACACCGACGUCCUCCAACGCACGAAUAAGGUGGUUGUGCUUGGAGGGGGGUCGUUUGGGACGGCAAUGGCUGCUCAUGUGGCAAACAGAAAGGCCGAGUUAGAGGUGAAGAUGUUGGUUCGGGACCCUCAAGUUUGCUUGUCUAUCAAUGAGAGCCAUUGUAAUCGUAAGUACUUUCCGGAUCAUAGUUUGCCGGAAAAUGUAGUUGCCACAACUGAUGCCAAAUCUGCUUUGGUUGGUGCGGAUUACUGUCUCCAUGCAGUGCCUGUUCAGUUUAGUGCAUCUUUUCUUGAGAGUGUUUCCGAGUAUGUUGAUCCAGGCUUGCCAUUCAUAUCUCUCAGCAAAGGCCUAGAGCUGAAUACGCUGAGGAUGAUGGCUCAAAUUAUUCCUCAAGCACUACGAAAUCCUCGCCAGCCUUUUGUUGCCCUAUCAGGGCCUUCUUUUGCUCUGGAAUUGAUGGAUAAGCUACCCACAGCAAUGGUGGUGGCAUCAAAAGACAAAAAAUUGGCAAAUAAAGUUCAGCAACUACUAGCUUCGAGUCAUUUAAGAAUCAGCACAUCAAGUGACGUUACAGGAGUUGAAAUAGCAGGUGCACUCAAGAAUGUACUUGCAAUAGCAGCUGGGAUAGUAGAAGGUAUGAAUCUUGGUAACAACUCAAUGGCUGCUCUUGUCUCACAAGGCUGUUCAGAGAUACGGUGGCUUGCAACAAAGAUGGGUGCAAAGCCGACUACAAUAACUGGUCUGUCAGGAACUGGAGACAUAAUGCUUACAUGUUUCGUCAAUCUUUCAAGAAACAGAACAGUUGGUGUGCGACUUGGAUCAGGCGAGAAGCUUGAGAACAUACUUAAUUCCAUGAAUCAGGUAGCAGAAGGUGUCUCCACAGCCGGAGCUGUGAUUGCUUUGGCACAGAAAUAUAAUGUAAAGAUGCCUGUAUUGACAGCAGUUGCUCGUAUUAUUGACAAUGAACUUACCCCUAAGAAAGCUGUUUUUGAGUUAAUGAGCCUCCCUCAGGUUGAAGAAGUAUGAAAUCUCCCUGCACAUCCGUUAUCUACCAGCUGCUUUUUAACUGCUGUUUGUAAGACAUUCGUGUACUCAAUUCUUUUCACCAUUGUGCUUCUUUUCGUGACCGAAGGCUUGGUGAGCAAAAUUUUGCAUGAUCGGGGUUGCCCCAUACAAUUAUACUAGAACUUGAGAAAUGUGUAGAUUCUAGAUAAUAAAUAAUCUCACCUCAAUAUAUACUUCUUUACCAUGACUAUACUCGGAGCGUGUAUAAUGAAUGUCAUUUGUUUGUGCAAA